AUGAGAUGGGGUCAUAAAGCUAAUCCGGAUAGGUGGUUCAUAAACUUACAACCACAAUUCCAAGAAGUUGUAGACGCAAUGGAAGUGAAUGGUGAACCAGAUAUAGCUGGUAUUUUCAGCGCGGCUUUAAUGCCAUUGAAAGAUAUGAAACAUGCAGAUAUUUUGGACCAGUAUGAAAUGAACAUGGCUGAUGGAAAUAUAACACCUGACGUUCUAGAACAUUUAUCUCAAAGAACUACACAGAACCAUAGAGAUGGUAUAUUUGGUGAAGAGUUUAGAAAGAAAGUUAGGGAGAUAGAAGGAAGAGAACCUAUUGUACAUGACCUUGCAAACGAAAGUUUACAAAAUGUCAUAAAAACUUACUUUGCAGACAAUGAACUGAGAAGGGAUGAAUAUUUAAGAAAACUCAAAUGGACAGUACCAAAUGAAAUGUUAGUAUUGAAAAACAUGUUCCUUGACAAAAUAAAACCAACUACAGAAAUAAAUGACGCAAGACUGAAACAUUGGGUAAAAGCUUUCCCAUUCACAAAAGAUAUUAUUGGUAACAUGGAAAGAAAACCAGAAUGGCUACAAAAACAUAUAUUUGGAAACGAGCUUAUUCCAUAUGGACAAGCUCUGUUUGAAGAGCUUGAACCGGAAACUCAGGAAAGAGUCAUGCAAACAAUACGCGAAGACUCAAAUACAAACUAUGACAAAAUCUUUCUAGGAUAUAGGUUACCUGAGAUGGGCGACCAGAGCCCAAAGGCAAAAAGGACAUGGGAAAUUUACAACAUACUAGGUGAACAUGAGGCAAAGAUGCAACAACUUGAAGCAGAGGGCAAGUUACCAAAAGCGACACCAAAGAAGAAGAGAAGAGUAGAACAAAGUGAAAGUAGUGAAGAAGUAACUUCAUCUAGUGAAAGUAGUGGCAAUGAAGGAAAAAGAAGAGUUAAAAACUCAGUCAGGAAGAAAGUAAAGCUUGGUCCGAGUGGGUUCUAUUAUGACACAUAA